CUGUUAUAUUGGAAAUAUAAGAUGUCACUAUCAGUCGGCAACAAACCAAAAGUAAAUAAUUAUGGAUUUUUAAGAAUUGGUUUCAUUUCUUUGGUCUUUCGUAAGUUAUUCAUUUUUUCUGUCUGUUUAUCUAGUAGUUGUAUGCAUCACAUUGCUAUAAACAGAAUUUACAUUUUUGUAAUUUUGUACUCAUAGAAUACUGGAGAAUUGGGAUAUAACAAAAAAAAACUCUAAUUAUUUGAUGGAAUGGCUUACAAUAUUUGACAUUUUUUCGAGGAUAAUUUCAAUCAGAACCAACGUAAACUCUUGUGUGGUUCAUUGAUUAUUGUUUUAUUUGUUGUAAAUUCAAUAAUUUUUAUGUUCGAAAUUUUUAAAUUAGCGAUCAAGAUUGAUUAAUAAAUGUCGACUUCAAUAUCAUUGGUUUGAGUUUUAAAAAUACAAUGAAUCAGUUGGAUAACGAAGAAAGUGGGUUACCACAGAGUUCAAAUCAUAAUUUAAGUAUUGAUACGACGCAUCAACACCAUCAAACACAUGUAAUACGAGAUGUACAAACUGUUAACACUCGACAAUUGGAAGAAAUGGUUCCUGGUGAUGACCAAACUGCACAAACAUCAGAUGAGGUUGUUCAUUUGUCUGUUGGUAACUCUCAGAAGAUUGCUUGGAAUGAUGAAGAUGAUGAGAAAAUACCGAAGAUAAACUGUCCAGAAAAAAUUAUUUUAUGCUUUGAUUUAUCAUCUGAAUUGAAUGAAGUAAUUAUCAACAGGACAGUAGCAUUUGAAUUAUUAAAGAAAGCAAUUGAAAUCUUUGUGAAACACAAACUUGGAUUAAAUAAUAAACAUGAAUUUGCUAUUAUAACAUUUGAAAAAGAGACGUUGUGGGUACAGGAUUUUAGUAAUGAUUUAGGUUUGAUUUUGGAUACAAUAUGUAGCAUUCAUCCAAACCAAAACGGACCAUGCGGACAGUUUGACAUGACUUCAUUUUUGGAAACUUUAGAAAAUCAUGUUCCGUUACCAAAAUCUUCAACGAUUCCCGACAUUCCUCCAGAGAACGUUGUUAGAGUUAUUUUGAUUUAUGGAAGAUCACACAGUGAAACACCAAACCUUAGUGAUAAAAAAGCUCAACAGAUUUUCAACCGUUACACAGCUUGCCCUUUGUUCUUUUUUGAUGUCCUUUACAUCCAUGAUGUACCAAAUGAAGACAACAACUGCCAGGCUAUUUAUGAUGGUUUGUGUACAUUGGAUGAAACUGAGAAAUGUUACGUUUUUGAAGUGAGUACUUAUGUUGCUGCAAGAAUACAUGAAUUUACUGCGAAAUUAUUGGCCCAUCCUUUACAAAGACCACGACAGCAAGAUAUUGAUUAUUCUUUAAUUCAAACUAAAUAAAACACACAUACAGAUGUAGUGGUCAUCAGGUCAUCUAAUGAUAAGGUACCAGGACAAUGAUUGAAUUAUUUUCUGGCAAUCAUUAUAUUAAUGAAAAACAUAUUAACUGCAUUUUUUGCACUGCACAUUUUUUAUUGUAUGAGGUUUACCUACGAAUCAGAGGCUACAACUAUACAGACGUGGUUUGUUAGCUACUACAUACAUAAAGUGGUAAAAACUUUGAAAAGAUGUUUUAGUGAUGUUUUAAAGUAUUUUUAUUCACAUGCCUUCAUGAUGGCUAACUGUUAAUAAAAUCACGGCUUUCAAUGCCUUCUACGAUGUGCAUAGAACCACUAUUGUUACUAAUAAACACCAAAGAAAAGAAAAGGAUUUCAUACCUUAUCGUUUUAUCCACUGAUAGUUUGGAUGUAAACAAAAUCCUCAAAAAUCCUAAAAUUGUUUUGCUGCAUUAAAUCACUGUGAAGUGUAAUUUUUUGCACAUCGUAGUCAUAGGGAUUAUAAUAAUGAAUUAAAAAUAUGGGCAAUGAAAUUGUUUGAGUGGAAUUUGGAAGAAACAAAUAAAAGGACAAUUUGAUUUAAUGAAAAAAA